AUGAACGUAGAUUCACACCAGGAGGUACAAACCAUUCAUCUCACAACCCACACAAAAUUCUCUAAUUGCAAAUCAUCAGACGAUGAAUCAUCUGAUAGAGUAUUGUCCACUAGCAAAUCAUCAGAUAGAGAAUCCUCUUCUGGUAAAACAUCUAAUGGCGAAUCUUCCACUGACCAAUCACUAGAUGGGGAAUUCUCCAUUGAGGAAUCAUCAGAUGGGGAAUUCUCAUAUGGUGAAUCAUCAGAUGUCAAAUCCUCGGAUGGGAGAUUAUCUGAUUGUGAAUCAUCAGAUGGUCAAUCAUUUGAUUGUGAAUUAUUAGAUGGUGAAUCAUCAUAUUGUAAAUCAUCAAAUGGCAAAACAUCAGAUGGGGAAACAUCAGAUGGCGAAUCAUCCAAUGGCGAAUCAUCAGAUGGUGAAUCCUUCAUUGAGGAAUCAUCAGAUGGAGAAUUCUCAUAUGGUGAAUCAUCAGAUGGCGAAUCCUCAGAUGGUGGAUCAUGUGAUUGUGAAUCAUCAAAUGGUGAAUCAUCAUAUUGGGAAUCAUCAAAUGGUGAAACAUUAGAUUGCGAAUCAUCAGGUGGCGAAUCAUCAGAUGGUGAAUUAUCAGAUGGCGAAUCAUCAAAUGGAGAAUUCUCAGAUGGCGAAUUAUCAGAUGAUGAAUCCUCUUCUAGUAAAUCAUCAGAUAGUGAAUUCUCAGAUGGAAAAUUAUCAGAUAGUAAAUCCUCCAUCAUCGAAUCAUCUUAUUAUGAAUAUUCCUCCAGCGAAUCUUACGAUGGAGAGUAUUCGGGCUGCGAAUCAUCUGAUGUGGCAUCCUGUGAAAGCGAAUCACCUUAUGGUGAAUUUUCUAACCAAGAAUCAUCAAAUAGUGUUUUCUCCGCAGCAAAUCAUCAGCCAAUGAAAUCUCCAUCAUCAAAUCAUGUAACGACGAAUCUUACGACAGCGAAUCAACUAAUGGUGAAUUUUCCCGCAGCAAAUCAUAUAAUGAGCAGUCCUCCUCCUACAAUGAGUCAUCUGAUGGUGAAUCCUCUUACAGCGAAUUAUCAGAUUGUGAAUCCUCUGCAAGUGAAUCGAUUGAUUUCUACUCCGACCUCCUAUUCAGGAGACUGGGAAGAGGGUGAUGAUUUGUUGGUGGGCUGUACCGAUGCAAAGGAGGGAAUACCUAAUGAACUGUAA